AUGGCUCCAGAAGGACCUGAGAAAGGAAGCCAUACGUGGAAAGAGGUGCCACGUACUGAGCGGCGCCUGAGCAUUCUUGCAGAGAGAGACAAGAGCAAGCACGUGAACCAGAUGAUCGGCUCGAAUCUGGAAGGAACGUGGCACUGCGAUGCAAAGAGAUCGGCAGAAUGUAUGGGCGAUCCCUUCGCAGUCUCUGAUGGGGCUUAUUCACAUGACUGUGACGCCCGGCGUCUGCGAGUCUUUGUGGAAGCCGAACCAGUGCAAGAACGGCCAGUCCGCAAGAGUCGGACUCGCAUCGCUCAGAGAACUGAAGAGCCCGUGGUUGCUGCAAUAUCGGGUCGCCCAGAGGCUUCUCCGAAACGGCAAGAUGCGCUGCAGGAAGCUUUGCUCCAGGAGUGCCAGUUGCUGCAUGACAUUGAGCAGUCGCGCUGCCAAAUCCAAAAGCGAGCGGACGAGCAUCGCGAUGCGCUGGCGAUGCUUUCUCAAGAGGAGGCCAGGCUGCUAAGGCUGUUGCCAGAGCAGGAGAAGGAGCUCGCGGCAGCCCAGUCGGAGCACGCAAAGCUCCGAUCAGAGCUGGAGGCUGAGGAGGCUCAGUGUGCCAAACUGUCGGGACGCCUGCAACUGAAGGCACAGAUGGCCACUCAACUGCGACGCCUUUCCCAACAACCCGAGCCAAAGCCGGACCUCAGCACAACGAAGUCCCGCUUCGAUGCAGCAGCGUGUGAGUCCGAGAUCAUGCACCUUCUGGGUCAGUCUCUGAAGGGUCUGGAUGCUUCGGCAGAUGUCCCCGAUGACCUGGGAGCUUUGUGUGCCAGCCUUCGUCAGUCUGCCGGCCGCUUCAGGGCAGAGUCUGCAGCUUGGCUGGGGCAUGUCCGGCAGCAGCUGGGUCUUUCUGCGGAGCCUGAGAACAGAAGUGCACAGACCUUGAUCCUUACUCUGGUCGAGACCUUGAAGAGUCACCUGAACACGAGCGGGCUUCAGGGCACUGCAUCGGCUGGCUCUGAGAGAAGCCCAGAUCCGGCGCAGUCGAAGCCUCGCUUGCAGGGGCCGGCGCCCUUACAUGCUGACGGACAAAGGCCGACGACAAGCUUCCUGGAGUCAGCCAGAGCCAGGGAUCCAGAGGGAUCUGCGAAGCUUGGGAACAUGGCGGAGCAGACGGUGCUUCUGCUGCGUCAGCAGGAGCAAGAGCUGACGGCUUGCUUGGAGAAGCUGCGCCAUGGAGGACGUGAUGCCCUGCACCAAGGGCCCUUGCCACAAGACUGGCCCUCCGAAGCCACGUACCCCGAGAGUUUGACUUCUUCGCCAAACCUAGAGAGUUUGUCCUCUGCUUCCAACUCGGGUAGUGCAGCAGAUGAUCCGAGCCUUCAUCCAGGCAUUCCCAGCAUCGAUGCUCGCGUGGACAAGCUUGAGCAGCUGUUGGCGUGCCGAGGCAGGUGCUCCGUCGAUAGAGAGACGAAACUACCUGUUCGAGUCCCGGAAGAUGUACCACUCCGCUCAUUGUGGAAAGAAGCACAAGCCGCUCAAAGUUCCAGGAGAGCGAAGUCGGAACUGCCCGCAGCUGCAACUAGUGCUGCAGCUCCAACAGCCCCAGCAGCAACUGGCACAAGCAAGCGGCUUGAUUUCAAUGACGACUCGCCGCGGCGCGCCCUGGCAGAGGAGAUUGCCCAGACCGUGAAGGGGCGCAUCGAGGCGCUGUGUCGAGACGUGCCAAAGCUGGUGGGUGAGGCCAAAGUGACAAAGAGAGCCAAUGCCAAAAGCGAUCUGGUCCGGCCACAGCCUCAACAGCCACAGCCACAGCCACAGCCACAACAGCCGCAAGCCUCGUGCAUGAGACAGCUGGAAGAGCAACAGGGUCGCUUGGACUCUCUCUUGGAGGACAUCCAAAGUCAAAACCUUUUCGAGCCACAAGUACUCCGGACGCCACCCUCGAAGCAGCCGGACAGUUUUCAGAAGCAGGAGGGCCAAAGCAGCCCUGCAGAGGUGCAAGACACUCCGAGCUCCUUGCUGAGGCGAGCGCGCAGCCGCCUCUCUGUACUGCGCCAGGGACUCUCCUGA